AUGCUUGAAGAUAUCAUUCAAUGGACCGAGAGCCCAAUACCUGACGAACAUCUAUACUGGCUUCAGGGAAAGGCUGGCACCGGUAAAUCAACGAUCGCGCGUACGGUAGCCGAUAAACUCGACAAGAAGGGUCGUCUCGCGGCCAGCUUCUUCUUUCAGAGGGAUAAGGACCAUCGCAGUAGUGCCGAUUAUUUCUUCCCCACUAUUGCUGCCCAGCUCGCGCAGAGAAUACCUGGUGUGGCUCCGCAUAUACAAAGCGCCGUCGAAGCUGAACCCCGUAUCAGCACAAUGAUGCUAAGAUUGCAGUUUGAGAGACUCAUCCUGGAGCCAAUGAAAGCCGUCUCACAUCCGAACUCCAAGGCCAUGACGGUUGUGAUCGAUGCUCUUGAUGAAUGCAAGAAAAAUCAGGACAUCGAGAUGAUAAUUGAUUUACUGUUGCAGAUUGACUCACUAGUGAUUCCGUUGAAGUUCUUCGUCACUAGCAGGCUUGAGUCUUCGGUUCGCCUCGCGUUCCAGGAUGCCCAAGAAAAAAAAGUAAAACAAUUCCCGCUUCAUGCGAUCCGAGAGGAUAUAAUCAAGCAAGAUAUCGCAAUUUUCUUGGAGCCACGGUUGGCCAAGAUUCAGCGCCACCCCAAAGGUGACUCAAGCUGGCCGGACAAGGACACAUUUCAAAUGCUCCUGGAAAAGUCCAUCCCGCUGUUCAUUUUCGCGGCCACUGCCUGUCGCUUCAUCAAUGACACUCGGAUAAGCGGCGGGCCAGACGAACGACUUCAAAUGAUACUCCAAAAUGAGACUCCUGCGGACUUAGAUGGAACAUACCUCCUUAUCCUGGAACAAACGAUACAAGGACUUAAGGCCUCCCUUUGUCGGAAUGAAAUUAAAAAUUUCAAGACAAUCGUGGGCUCAAUAGCCACACUCGCAAAUCCCCUUGAUGCUGCGGCACUGGCAAGGCUCCUUAACAUUGGCACUGGAUACGUCAAUGACAAGUUGAAUCUGCUUCACUCCGUGCUUGACAUUCCAAAUGAUGCUAAUGGUCCUGUGAGAAUAUUUCAUGACUCAUUCCGAGACUUCCUCAUUAACCCGGAAGAUACCCACAAAUUUUCUGUCGAUGAGAAGGCCACCCACGAGAUGCUUGCAGAGAGAUGUCUUUUACUGCUUUCUAGUAGUGGCCAUCUAAAGCAGAAUAUCUAUGGACUAGCAGCACCUGGUAGUAUUUGUCCGAUUCCAGAUCAAAAAAAGCUGGAGCUAUGUCUACCAUCAGAGAUUCAAUAUGCCUGCGUUUACUGGGUUUAUCAUUUGAAGAAGAGUGGGGUUAUUCUGAACGAUGAGCACCGAGCUCGGCCAUUCCUUCUUGAUCACUUUCUCCACUGGCUUGAAGCUUUGAGCCUGAUGGGAAUGAUAUCGGAAAGUAUCAAGCUGUUGAAUGAUUUACAAAGUCUGGUUGAUGUAAGUCAAUGA